CCUGAGACUUUGUCUGCAUCUGUGUUCAGGUGGACAGCAUUAGACACCUUGAUGAGAGCAGGCUUUUCACAUUCCAGAUGCGGCGAGAAAUUAACUGUUGUUGUUUUGCUUUAUUCCGUGCUGAACGAGCUCACUCAUAGAUUUUUCACCCGAUGUUUAGAAAGAGGAAAUAAGACAGCGCUGAAAAGCCCCAUGAGGCACAGCACAGUCCUCAGUAUGAAGAGAAGGGGAAGUGUAAGCAGCAGCUGAGUUCUCAAAAACAACAGCAAAAACAAAAAUAAGAAUUGAUCACUGUCUUCUAAAAAAAAAAAGAACCUCGCCACGAUGACCCACGGAUGCCUCAAGUGUUUAAAGUACACCAUGUGUGUCGCCAACUUUCUUUGUUUUAUGUCUGGCGUGGCCGUGCUGGGCUUCGGCGUGUUCCUGAUGGUGAACUUCAAACUGACGGCACUCACACCUUCCCUGGCCAACUUUAAUUUAGCCAACAUGUUGCUGAUCAGUGGCAUCAUCAUCUCGUGUGUUUCCUUCCUGGGCUUCCUGGGAGCUCUGAAAGAGAACCGCUGCCUCCUACUGACGUUCUUCCUGAUGCUCUUCUUCCUGCUGCUGGUGGAGCUGACUGCUGCGUGCUUGCUUCUCCUCUACGAACGAGACAUUGACAAAUGGGUGGAGCGUGAUCUGAACGACGGUUUGAAGCAAGCAAAAGGGAAACAUCCGGAUGAGUACCGCAGUGAGUGGGAUCUGGUCCAGAAAACGUUUGAUUGUUGCGGGGUGCACAAUGUGUCAGACUGGGGAGAUAAUGUGCCAGAUUCCUGCUGCUUUCAAGACUGCAUCGACUCACAGAUGCGACAGUACAGAUCAACUGGCUGUUUGGACAAGAUAAGGAGCUGGUUUGAAGAAAAUUUCCUCACCACUGGGAUUUCUGUUAUUGUCCUCUGCAUUAUUGAGGUCUUAGGGAUGUGUUUUGCCAUGACACUCUUCUGCCACAUCAGCAGAUCUGGACUGGGCUACAUGUUGUAGAACAGAGAACAGCGUGUGUUUCCAUUUAACAGUUUUCAAUGUUUAGUUAGUUGCGUCCUUCCAAAUACUCAUGACUUGACUGAGCAAAACUGUUCAUUAAUGACAUUUUCUAAAUUGUGACUCAUGACUUACACAUGUAGCUUGGAUUUUUCCCAGUUUAAUCAAUUCAGUGUCUUUGUUCACAUUUCCAUGUACGUACCGAAAAUAAACCUCCAGUUUGUCUCCAAGCC